AUGGCUGGGCGGACACCAAAGGACGUGUCGCCGGACGCAGUUCUCCUAGCCCACAGCAUGGCGACUUCGUGCAGCGGUUGUCUCUGCAAGCUGCAGGUGAGCGACGAACGCCGAGAAGUGCACGAGGAGAGGCGAAUAGGCGCCCACCCGUGCCCUUCAUUUCGGUGGCGGUCCGCAUCAGGCCCAACCUUUCUCAAGAGCCAGUUGCUCUUUGGGCCAAGUCGUCUCCGAGCUCCCAGCGUGUCUGCUGUCAUCGUGGAGUACGAAUUCUCGCGUGUUUUCGGGCCGGAAGAUGACAAUCGGACCGUGUUUGACCAGAUCCAAGGCCCCACGCUGACUGCCAGCGUCUUCCAGGGAGUCAACGAAACGCUCUUCGCUUACGGCCAGACCGGCAGCGGGAAGACCCACACCAUCUUCGGCAGCCGUAGCGAACCUGGGCUCCUGGAGCUCUUUGUUCGCCGCUUCUUCGACGUGGCGCCAGCCAAAGCCGCACUUUUCGCAGGCUGCUACGAAGUCUUGGGUGACUCACUGACUGACCUGGUGGACUCGCGACCAUUCCUUGCUGAAGGAAGCCUGCAUAACGAGGACAUCGUGCACGAUGAGCUUUUUGCAAAAACACAGCGUUGCAGCUAUCAGAUUGUCCGCGUCCGCACGGCAGAGAUGUGUCUCAGUCUGUUGAACAACGCGAGAUGGAAUCGCACAUCAGGUGUUUCCUCUUUCAACGAGGACUCUUCCAGGUCUCAUGCCAUUGUGCACCUGUUCGUUCAGAACCCCGGCUCCGAUGCGUGCGCUUCCAUCGGCACUCUGACCCUCGUCGACCUGGCAGGGACAGAGAAGGAGCACGAGAAUCCGUCAGAGAAGGGCCGAAAGUGCGCGCGGCUGCUGAACACCUCCCUGUCGUCUCUGAAUCGCCUUCUCAGGAAGCUGCAAACUGGGAGUCUUGGGGAAUCCGAACGACGGCAGAGUGUUCUCAACAAGUGCUUGUGGGAGUACUUGCGCCCGGGCUGUGGGAUCGCGCUGGUCUUCUGUGCAAGUCCGUUGCUGCAGCAUCGAGCUGCGACGCUGUCGACCCUCGCCAUGGCGACAGAUAGCAAGCUCAUCCAGAGUCAGCGAAAGUCGCAGUACGUGAACAUGCCGAGCCCACGGCAGUCCGGCAGAGCACAGGCUUCUUCGGCUUCACCUGCCGCAGCCGUGGCUCCCGCAGGUGAUUGUCGAAGCGGGCCGAGCGCGCCACCGACUCCUCGCGGCGAGACGCCUAGGCGUCCAGCAGGUAUGGCACGAAUGGCCGGGCAGGAAUCCUCUCGCCGGGAAAGAAGCAGCAGUCUGGACCGCCCGUCUGAUGAGCUGCUCGCCGAAAACGAGAAGCUGCGAAGGAAGCUGGACCUGGCAAAGGCACGCAGCCGGGAGCGACUGCAGCAGGUGGAGCGCCAGAGAGACCAGCUGGCUACUGAUCACAUGGCGCUUCAGCGCGAGUGUGAAUCCCUCCGAGCGCUGUUCAUUCGUCAGCAACAGCAGCAGCUGGCCUUCUGGACUGGACCAUUCAUGGAAGUGUUACGCCGUGAUGGAUCUUCUCCCAGCAAACCAGAGGUUGGAGAUCCUGGAAGUCAGGCAGCGGAAAUCCCUCCGUCGCCGAUCAGGUAUGCCUUGCAGGGUCUACAGGGAGCGCCGCCGACAUCAAAUCCACGGGCCGGUGUUCAAUGCUCCUCGAGCUUGCAGUCACAGCUUGAGUAUUGGCGCGAGAUGGCGCUAGAUCUCCAAAGGAAGCUGCAGAAGCCUUCCUGCACAGCUAGCUCCAAGGCGACGCCGGAGACGGCCUUGAGCCUUGCAUCACGAAGGCGCAUCGUGUGGGGCGUGCAAGCAUCAAAUCUGUAUACGGCAGAGGGACUUGACUUUGGCGUGUGCAGUGGCAGCAUUUGGGUCAAGCCAAGGCAUGCAUUUUGCUUGCACAAGAUGUCGGGGGAAACGCUUGAGAUCGAUAUGGCAUCUUUGCCGAGUGGCUGGAGAGCGCAAGACCUCAAAAGGCUCCUUUCCAGGAAGCUAUCCUGCCCAACCUUCAGGCUGACAUUAUUGGAUGGCCACACUGCCAUCAACAGCCGGGAUGGUUGGCAUGACAUGGGAAAGCCUGCGCACCUGUCAGUGGUACAAGCGGCCCCUGUUGCGACGGUGCACGACUUUUGCGGGGACCUCUUGGAGGCUGUGACCGGUGGCGAUGCCUUGGCUGUUGAAGAGAUAUUGGCCAAGGGCCAAUGUCCGGACACGAACACUUUCGGUGGGGAGACGGUCCUCUUUGCUGCUGCGAGGAACGGGUACCUCGAUGUAGCACAGGCACUCCUUGACGCCGGUGCCAGCCUUCACCGUCGCAUCGGAGGGUGGUUUACACCUUUGUACAUAGCUUCUUGGCAGGGCCACUUGGAUGUCGUGCGCCUGUUUGUCGAACAUGGUGCCGACCCUUCUGAGGGCUUAUGCGCGGCGGCCUUCAGAGGACACAUCGCCGUCUGUCAAUUCCUGCUCGAUUCCGGUGCCGACAUCAACUUGGAGGAUGAGCAUGGCCAGGUACCCUUAAAGAUUGCAUGUGCGGCGGGCCAUCUGGAGAUUGCUCGCUUGCUCAUGCUUUUCCUGCUCAGGCACGGCAUGGAGAUGCAAACAGAUGGGCUGUUGCAUGCCGCUGUCAGGGGCAGUCACCUUGACGUGGCCCAUUUCUUGCUGCAAGUUGGAGCUGACAUGUAUGGAGUCGAUGAUGCUGGCGACACCCCGCUGCAAGUCGCCGCAAGUUCCGGAGAUGUUGAAAUGGUAGAACUCUUGGAGAGUGCUGGCAUAGCUGGUGGUAAUGAGAUCGUGCAUCGCUGUGGAGCGAGCCCGCGCCACAGAAAUCAGCAGUACGGAACUUUCCUUCGGGCGGUGGCAGCAGCAGAGCUCACGCCGGACAGCUUCGUGCAGAAGUAUGUCGUGGAGAAUACGCCUGUCAUACUGACAGGGGCGCUUCCGAAAUCAUGGGAGACUGCCCUAUCGUGGACACCGGAACGGCUCCUGGAAAUGGCACCGACGGAUGCUGUCGUGAAGGUGGCACCUUUGCUCGCCGACGGACGGGACAAGUGGGUGGAAAGCGCCCACCUUUGGCCAGAUUCCAAAGAAGCAGAGCCACUGCCAGGAGUGGUGCGCUCUGAUGUUGUGCUGGCUGUUGCAGCCUCGCGGAUUGAGGUACCCAUGUCUAACUUCGUUGCCUCGCUGAAGGGUCAAGCAAUGCCGGCCUGCUAUGCGGACGGGGCCGGCAACAUGCAGCAUUCCUUCUCUUUCCUGCAGUCUCAGCUAGAAGGCUUCCCGUCUCUUGGUGAGUCACUGAUCUUCAACCGCACCGACAUGUGGCUUGGUGGGAAGACUUUGUCGACAUUGCAUUUCGACAACUACGAGAACCUGUUUGUGCAGCUCGUAGGGGAGAAGGAGUUCGUCCUGUGCCCACCCGGAGAUACAGACCUUCUGGUGCACGGCCACCUGGGAGCAAAGCGAAAGCUCGGCACUCUGACUCGGAGUUUGGUGGUGCUCCUGCUGUCCUUCGACACCUUGUGUGCAGACGAUUUGCGCGAUGCUCUACAGAAGCUCGAUGACUUACUCUCCGUCUCUGAAGUCCUCAACCGAGCUUUCAAGAACGAGUACAACGUCGAGGCUGCAGCUGUUUCAGUGGCAGAUGGGCGCCUUUGUGUUGAGACGACUCCAGCUGCUGUGCUUUCUCGCCAGUUCCUGGAGGAUUCGUGGACCACGGCAGAAUCUAUCAGUGGAGACAUUGAGGCAGUCUUCAACGCAAACAGCGGCUGCUUCAUGAAGUACGCAGGCAUCUGCGAGGCAUAUGCAACCUGUGUGGACCCCUCUUCUGUGUUCGACCCUUCGAUUGUACCUCGCCAAGGCCUCUACUGGGCAGCCAACCAGAGCCAGGUUCUGGCAUGGCAGGGUGAGCAGCUUGCGCUGCUGGAUGAUCUGCUCCUGAUGGCAGACGACUCCUCGGAGCUUGCCCAGAAGCUGCGGGAUGAUAUCGAGGCAUCCUCGCGUCACACAGACAUUGGCAUUGAGGGAAUGCGCUCCGUUCUGGAGGAGCGAAGUGCGAGCUUCAGCAGCUUUGUGAAUGCAGACACUGGACCUGUGCCAGUGGCAGGCGCUGCGCCUCUGCCUACAUCUCUGCUGAGUUUGGCGAGUCGCCUCGAGGACCUGACGAGCUCCAUUCCGACGCUUAGCAGUUCACUCUGUGGCAUCGGGUGGCAGAGCAAAGCACAGGAUGUUGCGUCGCAGCUGGAUGGACAGGACGAUGUGUUCGCCGGUAUGGAUGCCGGUCAGGUCAUGAUCCUCACGCAGUUCGACUUCCUGCGCCGGGCAGUGGAAGCCUUGGCUGUUGGGGCGUCGCUGGCGCUCCAGGCAGCAGCCCUGGCCGCCAUUGCUGAAGUCAAUUGCGAGAUGAAGUUCUCUCCGCGCACAGCUGCUGUCUCUGCUGUGGACAGCGUGCAGGAUGCGGCGAAUGGCAUCUUCACGAAGCUCUUGGAGGUGCUACCGCCUCCCAGUGGCUUGUCGGCCUCGACGCCACUGCGACGCUGUCUAAGCGACCGUCUCCAGGAUGCUAAAGACAGACUACCACAGGCCUCCGUGCCGCUGGUCGCCAGCACGCGCCCGCUUCUGUCUCUGGACUUCUGCGGCCGCCUCUUCAACGCCACAGCACACGAAGUGCUGUCUGCCGCGCCAUAUGCUGGCGACGCUGCUUUCAAGUCAGCGACGGAACUGUUCGCUGUCAAUGGCGAGCAGCGGCACAUGCAGUCGGAUACCUCGAAGAGUCUUGCGUUUGUUGGUCCCUUCGCCAACUAUGCAACACGGACUGGCACUGCAACAUCCGCCUUCACAUCUGGCGACCAGGUCAUCCAGUUGCACGCAGUUCAGGAGAUGACGCUGCGGGGGGCGGCGCCCGAGGUGGAGGAGUCAUUGAACCUUUGCACCAGCGAGCAGCUUUUCCAGUUGGCAAGUCUCAGCCUGGACAUGGAGGCCUGCCCAAGUGCCACGUGUGACGAGACUUGCCAAAUCGGCUGCUAUCGGCAGUUCUCUUGCAAUUUCCAGCUAUGCAGCCAAGCUUCUGUUGGGUUCUGGGCAGCCAGCGAUGUCUUACAGGCAUGUGACCCCGUGGAUGGAAAUGGUAUUUUCUACUCCUUCGAAAACCCGAACAGUUCGUGUCCAUUUAUCUGCGAGAAGGCAGACGAGCAUCCUUUGAGCCGAUCCUGCGCUCCAGUUGGCCAUGGCUACUUCUCUCCGGCCUGCAACAAUACUUGGGAAGCUUGCUCUUCGCCAGAGGGGGUGUCCGACGAGCUAUUCAAUGCAGUGGCAAACUUUACCACAGCGGGGCAUGGUGCACCAGAUGGCUGCGAGAUCACUCUUGCGUUUCCGAUGGCAAUGCCUGCUUCAAUCGGCAAUGCAGCGGCGACAAUGGCGGCUCCUUUUACCGUGGAGCUGUUCGUGAACAUAUCGCUGGAUGCCAUACCUGUAGGCAGCACCAGCUCCAGCAGUAUGGCGGUUCUUGUCGGCAGCUUCCCCACAUGGUAUCUGGCUUUACGCCGAAGCUCGUCUGGCCAGGCGCAGCUCCUUUUCUAUCACAGCCGUAUCACCUUGGCUUCGCAUCUGAGCGCGGAGGACAGCGUGAUCGCAUCGAAUCCUGUCAACUGGGACAACAGCCGACAAGCUUGGCGCCAUGUGGCAGUGGUGGUCACCCCAAAUCUGGCAUCGACGCACAAUGUCUUCUUUUAUGUCGAUGGGGAGCUGGCAUCCUCAGGGUACCGUGUCGUGUCUUUGAUCGACAUCCUCGAAGCCCCCUACAUCGUGCCAGCACACCGGGAUGUUUUCCAUGUGGGGCCCGUGAACGUGAAACGUUUUCCAGAGCUGCUGGCUGCCGGCAGACCCUACUAUGACCUGCCCUUGUACACGGGCCAGUUGGACGAAGUGCGUGUGCACCAUGAAGCCUUGGACGGGCUGACGCUCGGGUCACAGAUCUCGGAGCUGCGACGCCGUGCGGCCUGCAAUUCGCCCUUUGAGCAGCUCGAGGGUUCCACGUGCCAGGCCUUGCCCAGGCUCACGGCCCCCAACACCAGCUCGGAGCGAUCAGAGUGCCGAACUGGCUACGAGCUUUGCGGCGCAUUGCCCGGAAUCUGUGUGGAAGCUUGCCCAGGUGUUUUGCUCCGUCAGUCAGACUGCUCCUGUGAUUGUCCGCCGGCCUACUUCCAGACAUGGCUUGCCUCUGCCAUGCACCUGACUGGAUCUGGUGAAGUGAGGAAUGCAACCAUCUACGAUGCAGAGCACACCAUACUUGGCUCGGUUGGCUUCGUAGCGCUGCCGCAGCGCAUCGCUCUCUCACCGGACCCGUCCGAGGUGGCUGUGGUGGAGGUUUGGGGUGGUGCCUCGGCAAGCUAUGUUUCGCUGGAGGUGGAGACGCCGUCGCCCUCCAGUCAACGCCUGGCGGUAUCUUCGCUCUACGAUGUCGCAUUGCAGGCCGAUCAACCAACUUUACUGCAUCACCGCCGCGUCCUGGCGCAUGCCGAUCCUUCCUUGAGCUGUUCACGCUGCUCCGGAGAGGCGCCGCGAUCCGUGCUGCCGCGGCAGGACGCGAUGUCUUGUCGCUGUGCCGAUGGCUACGGUCCCAACCUGCUGGGCAAGUGCGUUCCGGUCGGUGGGCCACUGCAGUCUCCGGUGAUCAAUCUGGACAACGGCACAUACCACACUGCGGGAACUCGAGUUCGCCUCUCCUUCCCCCCGGGGCAGGACCUCGAGGCUCCAUGGCUCCUGGCGAUCCGCUACGAGUACGGCAGCGCACCGCAGGCUCCAUCAUGCGAAACGUCGCUUCUCUACGAGGAGCCCGCCAACGUUCCAGAGCCGGGGCUCGACAUCAUCAGGCGCCAGGAAUCCGUGAUUGUGCGGGCGGUGCUUUGCCAUCCGAUGUGGACAAUGUCCCUAGAGAGUCGCGUAGAGCUUUACGGAAAUGACCAGAUGAACCCGCCUCGAUGCGUUGUGGUCUCCGGAGACCUCUCAACGGAAACCUCCUAUUCUUUGCAGGUUGAGGUAAACUUGCUCCUCGAUCAGCAGCCGGAUGCAACGAUCUUUUACGAGAUCCAAGGGAGCAGUGGUCAAGCUAUCUUCGUUGCUCCACUGGUUCUGAACACGCCUGGAGUGGUGACUGUCACUGCUUGGGCCGAGAAGGUGGGAUUCGACCCAAGUACUCGAACCACGUGCGCUUACACGAUCGAUGGCCAGGCGCGGGCGCGGCUAGCGUUGCAGUGGCCGGCACUCGCGGACAGUCCACUGGAAGGCUUUGCAGCUGAGCAGAACGCUUGGCUCGCCCCUCGAGGAAUGGAAGAGUUGAGCUUCGACCUCGAUGUUAGUGGCGUUCCGGUCGACACUCCGGGGUUGCAGCUCCAGUAUCGGCUAGAACGUGGAGCCUUGGGCUUCUCGUCUUGGACAGAGCUCCCGCCAAGCAGAGGACUUCUUCUGAGGGUUGCGGAUAACCUGGAGGCACCCAACAGAACCACCCUUCUCCAGAUAGAGUGGCGGGCCAAGGAGCCAGGGUAUAUUUGGACUACUCCCGGGUACCUUCGUGUGCUCUUCGUGGCGACGCGAGUGGAGGCACCAAUCAUCCAAGCAGAGCCGGUGGAGGCUUGGAGCCUUGGCGAUUCGUGGUUUCCUGGGAGCAGCCGUGAGCGAGCCAUGCGUCAGGUGCAUCGGAUCCAAUUGAUACAGCCGAGCUCAUCUGCUCGCGUGCUGUUCUCGGUGCGAGCAGAACUUGGACAGGUGGAGGAUCCGACGACGACCCUGCUGGAAAUCAACUCCCAAAACGUGUCGUCGCUCAGCACAGCCUUCCUGGAGCGCUUCCGCUCGGCAGCGCCGUCCGUAGGACUUUCUCCUGAGGCUUUCCCGAGCGAGUGCAGCGGGGUGUCGCUGAUUCAGGCCGCCGAAGUGCCAAAGCUUUGCGACUACCUCGGGCAGUUUCAGGUGCUCGGCGGGGCAGUCGUCACGGCCUAUGCAAUCGUUGCAGGCUUGCUGGAGAGCUUGCCUGCCACGUUCCUGGUACCGAAGGAGGUGGAGCCGGCUGCAGGUGAUCUGAGCUUUCAAGCACCAGCAGAGGCGACAGGUCAAGUGCUGACCGUCCAAGAUGUCGACGUGAAAGUUAUGCCGUCGACCGCAGAGUCCUUGAUUGUCACGGUUGGGCAGCCAAGUGCAGAGCGCCAGAGUUGCGUGCUCACGACGCCCUACCGCUAUACCAAUUCGGCACCGGUCACUGGCAUGAACUGGACCGCGAAGUCCAUCCUGGAUUGCAGCUGGCUUCCAUACAAUGGCCCUCGAAAGCUGAAUUUGGAGAACAUGAUGCAGGAGGCCGGACUGGACACCGAUGCGGAUCUGACGCUGAAUGUGACUAUCCUGACUACCGUAAGGCGCCCCGGAUACCUCUGGUCCUUCCCAACAGCAAGCGCAUUCUUCUGGCUGCGGGAGCGCACUCCGGCGCCGCAGGUCGUGCAGGUCUUGGAGCCGGGUGCAGCGAACCCUGCAGCCAUGGUCUGGUUGCAGGAGCAGGGAGGCGAGGCGGUGAAUAACGCAAAGUGCUAUUUCACCUUGCACUACGAGCCCCUGGAACUGUCGGAUGUGCCCGCCCCCUUCCUUGUGGAGGUCCCUACCGUCACCGCGAGCGUCGCCAGCUUUUUCGACGCCUUUCGGCCGACCACUCGCGCUGAAGGCCUGCACGGAUCCAACGAUUGGAGGACAAAUGUGGAUCUGUGUUCCUGGCCAUCUGUCUGCGAGCUGCCCCUCAAUGGAACAUUGCCUGCAGAGUUGGUGUAUGUGCCAUCAGGAUACUCGCGGCUUUGCGCCUGGGCCCGCUGGCCUGGAUAUCUCGAGUCAGCCCCCAGCUGCAAGCUCAUGGGGCCUCUUGGAACGACACAGGUGGUCGAGGCUGCCUUCGUGCCAGGAACUGCCACCUCGGAGCAGGUGGCUUCUCUCGACCCGGAUGUGACCGUUCCAGAGCAGGUUGGCACUGAUGCUGUGCUCCGUGCGCAACUCUUGCAAAUCGCCGCAGGCACCAACAACACGAAUUCCCGAAGGCUGAGCGGCAUGGCUGAAGCAUUCCCGCUUUUUCUGGAACGCAGUCACCCACUGCAAUACCGCUUCGGGUCUGUCGCGCUGGACGCCCGUGUCUUCCUGCAGCCGGGGCUCACCCAGGAGUCAUUGACAUCCAGCAUCCAGCUUACAGGGUGGAAGGAUCUCGGUCUGGCGGCGGCCCCUCCCCUGCUACCUUGGCCUAGCCGUCAGAUAAGUGAUCACAUCCUUUUUGUGGUGGAUGUGCGAUUGUUGACAGGUGUCAAUCGCUGGAGCGCGGAAACCCGGAGCGUGGCCAUCCUCCUGGUAGGCCAGCAGCCGACUCUUUCCAUUUCUCGCAGCGAUGGCCGCCAGCUGCGCGUGCAGGGUCAGAGGGAGAACAGCACGAUCUACUUCAAGUGGCUUAGCGGUGCAGCCUCCUCCACUUUUGGACACGAACUUAUCCACAUCAAGCAAGGUGCGACGACUCUCGCCGACGUCUUUGGCGUGUCUUCGGAGGCAGUGCUGCAGCAAGGCGUGGACAACGCCCUCUGCACCGUCGGCGUGGAUUCACCGCAUGAAGAACAGAGAAAGCUCUGCACUUGGCAAGGUGAAGGACUUGAGGUGGAGAUUCCGAGCAGCACCGGCUGGACCUUGUGGGCUGUGUCUUCCAGCCCUGGUCUCCCCUCCUCUAUGCCUGCAGCGCUCAGCGUGGGUCCGCAGUGUGGGGCCCCUGCCGGUGUUGCCUUCGCAAUGGCUCCGAGCUGCAGCAGUGGGCAGAUGAUCGAGAGUGGACAAAACUGCACGACCAGUUGUGAGCAAGGCUACCAGCCCUCCGUGUCAACCUUGCGGUGUUCCGAUGGCGUCCUUACCCCUCUGCAGUUUGUCUGUCUGGAGCUUUCCUGCGAAUCACCGUUCAACGUCAGCUUCGGGGCCGAGCCUGCCUGCCUCGAGGGCGGAUCCGUGUCUCCAGGUGGUCGCUGCACGCCGGCCUGCGAGGGAGGCUAUGUGCCUUCCGAGGCCGUCUUGAGCUGCGCACGAGGUGAUCUCAGUCCAGGCACCUUUCGGUGCGACGAAGCAGCUUGUGACGCGCCCAGCGACGUGCUCUAUGCUGCAAGUCCUUCCUGUAGUGGCCUUUUGCGGGUGACUUCCCGCAGCAGUUGCACACCGCAGUGCCAGGAUGGAUACUUGCCCAGUGAGACCAGUCUUCAGUGUAUCCGUGGCCAACUGUCUCCUGCGACGUUCGCCUGCGAACCAGGUGUGACGGUAGACAUGGGAAUCAUCAUUGCAAGCGUGCCAAGCACCAUGCUUGCGGCUGCCCUGGCACUUCUGGCUGGGUACUGCGCCUGGAGCGGCCGCAUCCCACCGAAGACCGUUGAGCUGGACAGCGAUCCGCUGCAGGAGUGGUGGACUUGCGUUCAUGAGGUGGAGCCAGGCGUGUGCGUCUUCUGCGGAAAGCAGCCGGAGGAGGUUGAAACCAGGUACGAGGAACACGGGCCGGCUUCGCUUUUCAGGUCUUGUCGCGCCUGUGCGACACUGCUUGGUUUUGAGGAAGAGGAGGAAGACGAGGAGGAGGUGCCGGAAGAUUCGGACCCUUCGGAGGCAGUGCACCCACCACAAGUGACAGUGGACACUUUGCCCCCAGAGAACGACCUCAAGUCCUCCUCCGAAGCCGCAGCAGGCUUUGAGAGCUCGGAACCUGAGGAGAAGACUCCGCCGAGCCUGCUUGCUGCCUCGCCCGGCUCGAUCAGUGAUGCCGUGGCAGGACUCAAACUGGACGACUUGCUCAAAGACCAGGCACGAUCACUGGAUGGAUUGGACGGAGGCCACGAAGGAAGAUUAAGCCCAACUUUCGAGAGCGACCUGCUCAACCAUUCAGAUGCUCCUCAAAUGUCCGAGAGGCAUUCAGACCGCGAACUUCGUGACGAUGCUUCAGCACCACUACGCGGUGAUCGCUUAAACACGAGGAAGCGUGGAGAACUAGAAGCAGAUGCACGACAAGAGACAGGGACGCCACGUCGCUCCGACUUCGGACGAGGCCAAGACUUUGGCCGUCUCUCCAAACGGGAAGCAGAGUCAAGGAACUCACUCGAUCGCGGCAGCUUUGGAGCCAGGGAUGCGCGAGAUGCUGGGCUCCCUCCGACCCUUCCCAGGCCAAGCCAGCGCAGACGUGACUCCUCAUCCCGCUACACAGCCGACUAUCGAAGGGCCACAGCAGAGGAGGCACCUUCGGCGGUUCCUGACCGGCGCGAUGAGCGACUUGAGGACUGGGAUGCCACACGCCAGCGCACUCGCCGCACGAGGGAGAACCGACGGAGCCUCUUCGCAGAUCCGGAUGUUGCACCCCCCGAGCAGCGCUGGGACAAGUCCGCGACGCGUGAAACGCAUGUGGAUGAGGACAGGCGCAGAGCACCUCGCGAGUCGACAGGUCGCUCGGACAUGAUGCGAUGCCGCGACCUUCGCUACACAGUCCACACCUCGGCUUGUCAGACGCGCGGAGUCCGUGUUGGCGGUGAGGCCACAGCUCACAUGCGCGCUGAGGUCAAGCGAGGCUCAGGCAAGGUCGGGGAGCAUUCGAAAGCUUCAGGGCCCAGGUCUGCCAAAUUUCCCCAUGAGUCUCCUUCUCCCAUGAGGCAGCACACCUCGCAAAGAGGCAGGCCUUCUCCGGAUCUCACGGUGGUUCUGCCCGUCAGACAAGACAUUGCAUUUGCAGCGGUGUGCAGUAUUCUUCUGAGAGCUUUCGAGAUUGUGACUGUAUUGCAGACUUUCGGCAGACGCAUCUUCGCCAUGACUGCACGGUUGAACCCAAAGUACCGUCAGCUUUGCCAACGAUUAGGCUUGGACAGCGAUAGCGAGGAUGAAGUGCAAGUCUGCCUCCUGGCCAAUGGCCUCCGAAGAGCAGAGGUGCAUCCUGGGGACUUGAAGCCGGCUGAGGAGCCUGGCAAGAGCAGCGUUCUGGAAUCCACCGGAAAGUCUGUCCUGGCAGACGGAGCUCAAACGGCCCGCGGAACCGAACCAAGGUAUGGCCGCUCGGCCUACUCUGGUGGCGAGGAUCCCGGAGACCGGCACGAGAAACUGCGUGCGGAAGCGGAGGCUCGCUUCUUCGACUCGCCAUUCGAAGCCGAUCGGGUGUCGGCCUUGCGUCACAAAUUUCCGCGCAAGAAGGACGGACCUCGCUCAGGUCGACGGCCGAGCGGUGAGACCUCGGAAGAGGAGGAACCCGUCCGACGGAGAAUAGCCGGCUUCCGUUUGGGAUUCGAGAAAAUCUUCAACACGACGUCCAUCCGAUUGCCGUGCUCUGCAUACACCGUUUAUGCCGAGCUGCGGUCGUCUCAUACAAACGAGGCAUUUUGCCGAUGCUUCAACGGUCUACACACAGUGUACGACCUGAAGAAGUGGGUUUACGAGAAGCUGAUGCUGCCCAUGAGUGCCUACGAGCUCUCCUAUGCGGAGAGCGGGAAGGUGCAGCUGACAGACAACAUGCGGCUGCUAACGACCCAGGACUCUUUAGAUUCUCGCUCCAUGGCUACCAUGCGAGUGUUGCAAGACAUGGCAGCAGGCGUUCCUGGAGUUCAUUCCAUCGGCGACAUCGGCGUGACGCGCCUGUAUGUCAGGCUGAAGUGCCGAACCUGUGGCGACCUGCUGAACAGUCACUCCACGUGCAGGAAGACCAAAGCUAUGGGCUACAUAGAACCGGCCGUCAAUGGGAUGAAACCCGGCAACUCGAAGCCGUCAUCAUCCCACAGCCUGAAGACGCUCAAGUCGCAAAAGUCCAUGAUCUCGCAAGAAAAAAUCAUGCGAGGCGCCGAAGGCUGA